AUGCCGAAUACUCUUUUUUUUCUAAACUCUACUGCUGGUCCACGUUCGUUAACCUCGACGGCUACUCAAACUCCUCCUUCUGCUUCCGGUCCCCAUUCUGCUUUCACUCCAUAUAACCAGGCUCCACAGCACCCUACUCCGGUAACUACUCCUACUACUACAAAGAACUCUAUACCUCAAGAAGCCUCCGCAAUGAUGACUACUCAUUUAGAAAACAAUACUAGCACCAUGAUUUACCCUCAACAUCACUUUGCUAACCCAACCACUCACCCUUUCUGGCCUUCUUACUUUGGUGGUGGUAACCCUGCUAACGGUGCUGCUGUCUUAUCUGCUAAUGGUGGAAGUGCUUUUGUACCUGCUGUCGGUUACGGCAGUGCUGGUUCAGGAAUGGCUCAAGGUCAUACUCCUCGCCCUAAACUUACCACUACCAUAUGGGAGGACGAAGGAACUUUAUGUUAUCAAGUUGACGCUCGUGAUAACGAUAUGAUCAACGGAACAAAAUUAUUAAACGUUGUAGGAAUGUCACGUGGUAAACGAGACGGUAUUCUUAAGAACGAAAAAGGAAGAGUUGUUGUAAAGGUUGGGGCUAUGCAUCUCAAAGGUGUUUGGAUCACUUUUCAACGGGCAAAGACUCUUGCCGCCCAAUUCAAGAUCAGCGAACUGCUCUAUCCUUUGUUUGUGGAUGAUCCUAGUAUAUUCCUUCAUAAUUCUUAUGGACCAUCAAUGUCAACUAGAAUUCCAUCUAUAGGUAAUGGACCACAAUCUCAAUGGAGACCUACUCACCCCUAUGCAAAUAAUUUCAACAAUACUCCAUAUUCAACUGAUGCAACGCGACAAUGGUAUCCAUAUGGUAAUGGUAAUCAAAUUAUGGGAAAUCCUAAUGUACCGCAAGGUCAAGAUCAUGGUUCAUCUCCGUAUCCACCUGCCACUGGAUAUGCUGAACGUCCUCAACAUGUCGCUAAUCCACCUGCUGUUCCAAUAUAUUCGGCUCAACCACCAAGAAAUCAUAGCCAUCCUCAAACUCAUUUAGAAGAUUAUGAUGCUGGUUACAGCCUAAUAAACGGUCAACCUCAAGGACAGCAAGGUGUUUCUGUGGUUCCUGGACCGGCGUCUGAGGAAAAUCCCGGUAAUAACGGUUACAUGCGAUCUAACAAUCAAGGUCUCUAUAAUAUUGUCUCGGCCACCGAUGUUCCUAUGAAUGUUAGCUCAAAUUCUUCUCCUAAUAAUUCUGCUUUCUCUGGUUGGAAUCAUUCCGGAAAACGAGUAAAAUACGAAUUUCCUGAAGCAACGACUCCAUCAUCAUCUCAGUCUUCACCAAGGAUCAGUACUGCCGGUUAUCAAUUACCGGGUCUAGGUGCUGGUACUGCUACUCCAGGUGCAAAUCCAUCCACACCACAAGGUUACCCUAAUAGUAAUCUUCAAAUGAACACUGUGUUACAUACGCCGUCCCCAGAUGGUACACCUGUAGAAGAAUCGAACUCAAUUGGUAGACGUUAUGAUCAAUAUCGACAGCGAGAAGAUCAUACUUCAACGGAAGAAAUCAGCAAUAGUG